UCCACACCUACAAGCCAGAGAUUGCACGUAAAUUCCACAAUUGCAGAGAAAACAGAAACCCCGGCAGGACGCUGGCACACCGCCUGCAUUUCUGCGCGACCUCGGCCGUGCACCGUCUACACCGCAGCCGCUCCGCACGGGGACCCGGGGCGGGCUGCAAAGUGCCCGGCUUUCAGCCACCCCCAGGUCCUGGGCGCCGCAUUCUUCACCCCUCCCACCUUUCCUGAGCUGCCUAGCACCCGUCUCUCCGUUACUUCCCAUCGCCUAGUCUGCCCUCAGCAAAGAUGGCGCCCGGCCAGAAAGGGGCAGCCAGCGUGACUUCCGGCUGUGUGCCCUCAGCAGAGAUGGCACCCGGCCGGAAAGGAUUGCGGGCGUGACUUCCGAUCGGGCGGACCGCGACUAGGCCCGCUUCCGGCGGCGCUCCGAGUGACGUAGCGAGGGCGCCGCGCGGCGUGAGCCGAGGACGGUGCGGGGGCACAUGGAGGUCAGCGGCAACGCUCUCCGCUGCUGCGUAGGUCUGGAGGGGAGGCCCGGGCACUUGCCGUGUGCCGGCCAUUGGAUCGCCCUGCUGUGCGAGACGGUCCGAGCGGUUAGAGGCCCCAACAGGGGGAUGUGUGACGGAUCCUUGGAGGAGGGCUGUGGAACCACUUGCUAGCAGUCUUACUUGCCUAACCCCCAAAUUGUCAUGGCAGCUCGCCUGGUGAAGCGAUGCACGUGCCUCCUGAGGGAGGCCACCCUUGUGAGCCCUGCCGUGGCUCCGGUCGGCCGACUGAGACUUGCCCGGGUCACCCCCAGGACUCUGACUUCCUCAGCUACCUCGCCCAGUUCUCACUCCCCAGGUUCCUUGUCGGGGCUCUUAGAGAAGGAACAAGUGUUCACCGCCAGGCAGGAGCAGCAAGAGGUGGACCAGCUUAUCGAGAAGGCCACUCAGCCAGAGGAGCUCCUGCAGCUGCUCGGUGGUGGUCACUGCCUGCACAAGAACCACGCAGCCCUUAUGCUCAUCCAGCUUUCUCGCCUGGUCUCUGACAAGCCACAGGACAGGGCCUCGCUCGUGCAGGAUGCCCGCUUUCAGCGGCUUCUCCAGCUUAUCGACAGCCAGAUAGCCUCGGUAUGGCACGGGCCCCUCGUGAGGCUGCUCCGGAGCCUCUAUGCACUGGCGCUCCCCACGGCCUGCAAGGAGUUGCAGUCGGUGGAGCAGGAGGUCCGCUGGCGCAUGCGCAGGCUCAGGUACCGGCACCUGGCGUUCCUGGCGGAGACCAGCACCACCUACAUGCAGGAGCGGGGCUCCCAGGAGCUGCUGGCUGAGCUGCUUACGCACCUGGAGCGGCGCUGGGCGGAAAUCGAGGAUGGCCGCACGGUGGUGGCCUUGAUGGCGAAGACGGGGCACCUCUCGGAGCCACUGAUGAACCGCCUGGAGGACAAGUGCCUGGAGCUGGUGGAACAGUUCGGCCCUGAUGAGCUGCGGAAGGUGCUGGUGACACUGGCUGCUCAGAACCGGCGGUCAGUGCCCUUGCUGCGAGCCAUCUCUUACCACCUGGUCCAGAAGCCCUUCCCCCUGAUGAAAAGCGUCCUCUUGGACCUGGCAUACGCCUUCGGCAAACUCGGCUUCCAGCAGACCCAGGUGUUCCAGCGCCUGGCUGCCGACCUGCUGCCACUCACACCCAGACUGACCUCCAGCGAGGUAGCCCACUGUGCCAAGUCCUUCGCCCUCCUCAAGUGGCUCAAUGGGCCCCUGUUUGAGGCCUUCGUCCAGCACAUCCUGGACAGAGCCCAGACCGUCACAGUGCCACACCUGUGCAACGUGCUUCUGGCUUUGGCGCAUCUGAACUUCCGUCCAGAAAGAGAGGACCAGUUCUUCAGCCUGGUUCACGAGAAGCUGGGCUCAGAGCUCGCGGGGCUGCCCCCAGCCCUGCAGGUGGACGUGGUGUGGGCCCUGUGCGUGCUGCAGCAGGUGCAGGAGGCGGAGCUGCAGGCCGUGCUGCGCCCUGAACUGCAUACCCAGUUCCUAGAGAGCACGUCCCCGAAGGACCAGAGCACCUUCCAGAAGCUGCUCCACAUCAACGCUACCACCCAGCUGGAGCACCCGGGGUACACGGGCCCCCGUCUGCCGGCCUCAGCCCUGGUCCCCAGACUCUCGGUCCUGCAGACGAAGGUGACCCCCUUGCAGAAGGAGCUGCAGGACGUGCUCAAGGGGCUGCUGGGGAGCAGCGGCGGGGGCAGCUUCAUGGUGCCCACGCAGUACGGCUGGGUCCUGGACGCUGAGGUGCUGCUGGACCCCGACAGCCAGUUCCUGCCGCUGAGGGACUUUGUGGCCCCUCACCUCGCCCCACCCUCCGGGAGCCAGCCACUGCCCCCUGGGGCCAAGAGGGUGGCCUUCCUGCGCUGGGAAUACCCCAACUACAACAGCCGGAGCCGAGAGCUGUUGGGGCGCUUCGCGCUGGCCCGGCGCCACAUGCAGGCCGCUGGCUUCCUGGUGGUGGACGUCCCGUACUACGAGUGGCUGGAGCUCAAGUCCGAAUGGCAGAAAGCCGCCUACCUGAAGGACAAGAUCCGAAAAGCAGUGGCAGAGGAGCUGGCCAAGUGACCCGUCCCGAGCGUGGACCGCGUUCAUGGGGGGCACUCGGACACACAUCCCUGCGUGUGCUGGCCGCUGGCCAGCAGCUCCUGCCUCCUGGGGGCAAUAAACCUGUGAUUUCGGUUUUCAACACCA